GUCUGUAGCAAACAGCGCUUCGCAGCCGGGCGUCCGGGGACUCUCUUUUUUUUUUUUUUCUGGGUGUCCCUAUCAGAUUUUCUGCAGAGACAACGUUUUUCCCAUGUUCCAUGAGGUGCUGCGGAGCCCACUUCCACCCAGAGUGCUGCCUUUCCUGGCAGCUGUGCUUUUCCAAAAGAAGGAGAGGAAAGAGACUGGGUUUUAUCACUGGCGGUGGGAAAAGCACCCUUACUACAACCUAACAGUGAAAGUCCUCCGAGCCAGAAACAUCAAGGGUACAGAUCUGUUGUCCAAGGCAGACUGCUAUGUGGAACUAAAGCUGCCCACUGCAUCUCCCAUAGUCUCCCGAACUCAGGUUGUUGACAACUCUGAUAACCCAGAAUGGAAUGAAACUUUCCAGUAUCGAAUCCAUAGUGCUGUCAAGAACAUUCUGGAAUUAACACUGUAUGAUAAGGAUGUCCUUGUCAGUGAUGAGCUCACGUCUAUUGUCUUCGAUGUAGGGGGCAUGAAGCCGGGUCGACCCCUGCUGCGCACUUUCAGGUUGAACCCUGAGGCUAAUGAAGAGCUGGAUGUAGAGUUUUACUUGGAGAAAUGCUCAGAUGUCCCUACAGAGGUACUGACCAAUGGAGUCCUUGUGGUUCAUCCUUGCUUGACUCUGCAAGGCACUGUUAACAAAGAGGAAAACUCAAAAGAGAAACAGCAAGGGUGCUGUGAAGUUAAGGUGUCUGUCCCAGGCGCAUAUCAAAAGCAGUUGUGUAUUCCUUGGACACCAGAUAAUGAGAAGGAUUAUGGAACCUCAUUUGUUUUUCAUGUGGAUAAAGAAAUGUGUCCAGAACUGCAAGUGCAGCUGGAGCAAACCAUAUCUGUCCUACAGGAUGGCGUGAACCCUGAGGUUGAAAAGCAUACCACAGUUCUGGGAUUGGGAACUGUACCGGUUAAUUCCCUUCCUGUUGGAGAAAAAGUUGAUAGAAUCAUUUCUUUGGGAAAGGGACAAAGUUUGGAUAUGACUUUGAAAACUGAAGAGAGCACUUGGGAUCUUGAUAUACGUCUGGGUUUUGACCUCUGUAAAGAGGAGAGAGAAUUUUUGGACAAAAGGAAGAAAGUAGUUUCUGAGGCACUGAGAAAGACUCUUCACUUAAGAGAAGCCCCUCCAAAAGAUGAGGUUCCAGUCGUAGCAGUACUGGGGUCUGGAGGUGGAAUGAGAGCACUGACAUCAUUCUAUGGCAGUCUUGCUGGACUUCAGCAGCUGGGCCUUUUGGAUGCUGCAAUAUAUCUGUGUGGGAUUUCUGGCUCUACUUGGUGUUUAUCGACACUGUAUCAAGACCCUGACUGGUCACAGAAAGACCUUCAAGAUGCAAUCAAAAGAGCUCAGGGUGCUGUGUCCAGCAGCAAAGCAGGGGCAUUUUCCCCAGAACGACUGAAAUAUUAUUUCGAGGAGCUGAAUGCAAUGGAGAGUAGUGGACGGAAAGUUUCCUUUACAGAUUUGUGGGGCCUUAUUGUGGAAUUUUUCCUACAACAGAAGGAAGACCCAUCAAAGCUGUCUGAUCAGCAAGAAGCAGUGAAAUGGGCCCAGAACCCUUACCCUAUCUAUGCAGCUGUCAAUGUGAGACCCAAUAUGAGCAGUGGUGACUUUGCAGAAUGGUGUGAGUUCACUCCCUAUGAAGUUGGAUUUCGCAAGUAUGGAGCUUUUGUCAGAACAGAGGACUUUGACAGUGAGUUCUUCAUGGGACGGCUUGUCCAGAAACAUCCAGAGCCCAGGAUUUGUUUUCUACAAGGAAUGUGGGGCAGUGCUUUUGCGGCAAGCUUGGAUGACAUCUGCCUGAAGGUGAUUGGUAUAGGACUGAGCUUUCUAGAUUCUUUCAAAGAUGUUAUCAAAGUUGUAGAUGACUGCCGAAGAUUCCAUUUCCGAGACCCAGCACGACUGAAGACUCGCUUGGUUAUACCUGGGGGCCCCUUGAUACAAAUUUUUCAAGAUUUCUUCAAGUCCCGAGUCACAUGUGGAGAAACCUUCAACUUCAUGAAGGGAUUGUAUCUUCAUAAAGAUUAUGUUAACAUCAAGAAGUUUGUGACUUGGAGAGGUACUCAUCUGGAUGCAUUUCCCAACCAGCUGACCCCCAUGGAAGAGAGCUUGUAUUUAGUGGAUGGUGGCUUUUCUAUCAACUCUCCCUUUCCUUUGGUACUUCAGCCAGAGAGGGAUGUGGAUGUUAUCUUGUCAUUCAAUUUUUCCUGGGAAGCUCCAUUUGAGGUUUUGGAACUGACUCAGAAAUAUUGUGAGGAGCGGGACAUUCCUUUUCCAAAAAUCAAAUUUAGUGAUGAAGAUGAAAAGAAGCCAAAGGAAUGUUACGUGUUUGUGGAUGAUAAUAAUCCAAAGGCUCCAAUUGUAGUCCAUUUCCCAUUAGUAAAUGACACCUUCCAGAAAUACAAGGCUCCAGGAGUUGAACGUGAGUCAGAAGAAGAGAAAUCCUUUGGUGACUUCAUCAUUGAGUCAAAGGAUUCUCCUUACCGUACACUAAAUUUCACCUUUGAGCCCUAUGAUUUCAGCAGGCUGGUGGAAGUGAAUCGCUACAAUGUUGUGAACAGCAAGGACACUCUCUUCAAAACCCUGAACUUGGCUCUGCAAAGGAGGAGGUUGAAGAAGGUCAUCAAUAUGUCUGAUACAUGAGCAGCUUCCAGAGCUGUGCUCUGAUGAAAACUCAAGGGAUGUACUGUACAACAUGGAUGUUGCUUCCUUGUGUGGGGAAGAGUAAGGAAUCACCUAGCCCAGUAUCUCAAUUUACAGUGGCUGAUGCCAGAUGAUUAGGGUGGUCUAUUCAAACAAUUCCAACAUCUGGAGAAUAAUCUUCCAAACUCCACCGAGCGAUGCACCUCUUUUUAUCAAAGGUGUGUUAGUGUUUGAGGAAACACUGAUUCCUUCUGUACUUUUACCUCUCUUGCUUUUUGAACCUCCUUUCAUGAGCUUUUACAAUUUACAUCAUCUUGGAAGUAACUCCACAGAUACACACACACUGAGAGAGAUGUGUCCUUUUACUUUCAACUUGUUACUGCCUAAUGCCUGCAUACUUUGAAGACCAAACAGUCAUGACUUGCUUUCUAUUUUCUCCAUUCACGAUUUCAAAGAUUUGUGCUAUUUCCUUCCUACCCUUCUCAAGGAUUUUAAUGGCUUUUAGUCUACCAGAAAAUCGAUAUUGAGUACAGAAAAUCGAUGUUGUUUAUUUUCAUAAACAAUUUGUUUUUGAGGAAAUAAAUGUUUGCUUUUUUUAUAUCUAACAAUUAAAAAACACAUUGUGGGAUUGUAGUGCUUCUUCCUACAGUUUGAUCAUCAUGAGAUGAUGAAAGUACCAUAAGUCUCACCUUUCUCUUUGUGUAUAAGAGGAAGAAAGGCUCCUUUGAAGGAUUUAAAUUACAUAUUUUCUGCCGUCACUUCAGUGGGCAAUUCAACCAGGCCUUUGUUAGAGGAAUUUGCGUGUCUUGUAUAUUUUAGAAACAUCAGUAGUCAAGGUAGGCACACCUCACCUUGUGA